CCAAUCGGUGUUUUUUCAACAACAAACCAACUAUUUUCCAUAACUAAUUUGCAAAAUUUAAAACUUUGCAAAUAAUUUUCAGUUAUACAAAAUCGAACCCAUGAAAAGCUUAAAGCACCUGCAACCACGAAUGUUGCUAGGAAAAAUCACCACCAAAACAGUGUUGCAAACGAAAGUCACAAAAUACCCCCAAUCGUUGAGCUGACUUCUCAAAUGUUUUUGCCUGUAAGCGAAUAGAAGCGAAAGGACCUUCGGACUGGCCACAACAAAACCAACGGUAUAGUGCGGUAAUUUCGUGCGCUCUACACUAAGCUUCCGCAUGUGGGGGAAUAAGCGCUGCAAAAUGGCAAAAAAUAUGUGAAAAAUAAUGCUUAUUAAAUUUUCUAUAAGGCAAGGGAAAUUGUUUAUAAAAUUUGGCAAACAAAAUAAACCAGCGAAGGUGUAAAACUUGCAUUGGUUGUGUGAAAAUUGUGGAGUGAAAAGAUGAACGAAGAAAAUUCUCACACAAAACAGUCGGAGGGUGGAAAAUGUGCCACUGACCGUACCACAACAAAAGCGAAUUGUCCCUGCAGCCGAAUAAGCGACUGAGCGGACAAUGUUGGGAAGGAGUUCGUUUCCAGUCGCAAAAGGUUAUUACACGGGCAGGAAGUGUGUGCGAUAAAAAAAUGAACAAAUUUAAAAUGUAAAUGAAAAGUGAAAUGAAGAGUUAAUGAUUUGGAAAAAUAUUAAAUGAAAAUUAGGCAAACGGAAAAACGAAAAUUAUGUACAUACUUACAUAUGUAUCCAUUAGUGAUGUGUGGGAUAAGACGCUUUAACCAAAAUUUUCACGUAAAGUAAAUAUUUUACUUUCCUUGAGAUUUCCUUUCGUUGCGCGCUGCCCAACCCACAAAAGUGCUCAAAUCACAACGAAUAUUGCAUUUAUCAACUGAAAAAUUGUGUUUGACCAAGAGCAAAGAAAAAUAGAAAAUCCAUCAAGAAAAUUUAUCAUAAACCAAAUAAACAUUUUGUAAAUACAUAUUAAUUUCGCUCGACGCUAGGCUGCUGUCGUCGCAGUCAGUUUCGCCACAUUUUAUCUUCAUACUCACGCACGCCACGUCGAAUACGCCCAGUUUAAUCGAAAAGUAGCAAGUAAAUAAGAAGCAAAGUCACAGGUCGCACUCACCGUCGAUUGCUUUGACUGACGCUGGGGGCUGCAGCAUCUUUUCAGUUAGCUAUUUAGUGAAAGCAGGCCAAUAGCUUUGGCAAAUAGCGUGAAGGGAAAGAAAACAACAGCAACAACAAAAACAACAGCGACCAAGGUGGCAAGAAAAUGCAUUCGGUGGACUUGUAUGAAAAUGAGGAUGAACGACGCCACGGCCAUGAUGACACACGCGAAUUGCAGAAUUUGGAUUGGCCCUUCUUGAUAAAGGGCAUCCUCGAGAGUCCAUCGUGUGUAACAACAACGCCUGACACGCUGUCCGCCUUGCUGUGGACAAUAACCGCAGUUUUUGGUAUAGUUUAUGCGCUGCUUGGUUAUCGCUGCCUUCGCGCUGUGGGCUUCCUAAGCGGUCUGCUCGUCGGUGCCAAUGGCAUUUUCAUAUUACAGGACUUUCAAGUGACACUACUCGGGAAGCCAGCCGACUCCGCAUUAGCCAUUGUCGCAGGGCUGCUCGGCGCAGUGAUUGGCUCCACAUAUCCUGUGGCAUCGGUGCUAAUCAGCGCCUUUGCAGGCGCACUGAUCGCUGGUGCAGCAAUGGCUGUUUGCGUAGCCACAAUGCCCGACAAUGAAUUUGGCUAUCGCGAAAUUUAUGUUGCAGUUGUGGGUGGCGCGGUUAUUUGUGCUGUCUUGACAUUGUGUUGUGUCAAAUAUGUGACAAUACUGACAUCGAGUAUCGUGGGCAGCGCGAUGAUUAUAGCGUCUAUCGAUUUUUUCAUGCAUAGCCUAGAUACGAUAAAUUGGAUUUUAAACAUGAAACCGAAUCCUUCACCUCCACCUUGUUAUGGCGGCAUUUUGAUUUGCUCUUGGCCAGUUGCAAUCAUCAUCAGCAUAAUGGUGCAGUGCUUCAUUACUGCCUGGCGGGUGGAUCACCGCAAGCGCGUCUAUCUACGACACCAUCACCAGAUGGCGCGAUGUGGCGCAAAUGGCGUACCAGCCAAUCGUAUGAGUGGACGACCGCGUGAGACGCGCGAGGAGGCUAGCCAACGCAAGUACCGUUAUUUGUAUCAAGUGCGCACAGCACGUGGCGAUAUCAUUUCGCAAAACUUCGUCUCCGCGCUGCAGAAACGCAUACAACUAGGCGGAACUGAGACGCCAUCGGAACGCUCCAUCAAAACAAGUUCGAACGAACGCAAUACAUUUCGCAGCGAUCGUACACACUUCACCACUAUACCCGAUUCCGAAAUGUGCGACAAAAUUGAAAUUGUGCGCGAUCUAGGAUAACAAACAAGCAACAGUUAUAUGUAAGGCGUCGAAGUAGGCUGUAGCAAAGAAGAAAAUGUGA